AGACACUACCAUCAACAUCUAACCAUGGGAGACCCAACUUCACGAAGAAAUCAAACAAGAAAUCGACUUCGAGCUCAACUUCGGAAGAAAAGGGAAUCUUUGGCUGAUCAGUUUGACUUCAAGAUAUAUAUAGCCUUCGUUUUCAAAGAAAAGACGAAGAAGUCUGCACUUUUUGAGGUAGCUGAAGUGAUGCCAGUGAUGACCAACAACUAUGAAGAAAACAUCCUACGAGGUGUGCGGGAUUCUAGCUACUCUCUUGAGAGUUCAAUAGAGCUCCUGCAAAAAGACAUUGUGCAACUACAUGCCCCAAGAUACCAGUCGAUGCGAAGGGAUGUGAUAGGCUGCACCCAGGAGAUGGACUUCAUCCUUUGGCCACGCAAUGAUAUUGAGAAGAUUGUCUGUCUGCUGUUCUCCAGAUGGAAGGGGGCUGAUGAUGAACCCUUUAGGCCUGUUCAGGCCAAGUUUGAAUUUCAUCAUGGAGACUAUGAGAAGCAGUGCUUGCAUGCUUUGGGUCGUAAAGACAAGGCUGGAAUGGUCAUGAACAACCCAACUCAGUCUGUAUUUCUCUUCAUGGAUAGACAGCACUUACAGACUCCUAAAACCAAGGCCACAGUUUUCAAGUUGUGCAGCCUUUGCCUGUACUUGCCCCAGGACCAGCUGACCUGCUGGGGCGUGGGAGACAUCGAGGAUCACCUCCGCCCAUACAUGCCUGAUUAAGGCUUUCUGCUCCACCCAGCUACAUAGGGAAAAGCCCUUCUCAUGCCUCCUGCCUAAGCCGUCAGAGGCAAAUUGAUGUACUCAUCUCCACCCAUUUCCUUUUAAACAAUUUGAACUUGUGCUUGGAUCUCUCCUUUUUUUGUUACAUACUCAUUCUCCCCUCCCUGACCUGAAGCUGAUUCAGUUCCCAUUCUGUUUUUUCCUCAUGCUCCCAAUGUUUCCUCUCUGCACCCCCCUUCCCUUUUUUUCUUCCCCUUUUUCAUUCCCUCCUAGUCACUCAUUCAUUUUUCUUUAUUUGAACCUGCACGAACAUUGAUUUUGAGUAGUUGGAUGUUCUCUUGGAGCUGCACUGUCAACGGCACCGGUCAUUGAAGGAACUCUUUAUGUUGCAUCAAAAAAAAGGAGCAAACAAUACACAGGUCUUCACGGUGGUUCUCAGAUGGACGUGUUUUAUAUCCUUGUUGUCAUAAGAAAGGAUUGUUAGAGUUUGGUUGUAAAGUCAAUGAGGUUUCUAGAGCAACUUUACACAAUCUUUUGACCAAGGACAGGUGUGAAUAGGUGUUACAACAGCUGUAUAAGCAAAGAUAACAAGAGGAACAAUAUUUGUCAAAUCAUACGGUGUAGGUAUUGCUUCUUAUAAACCACCCUAGUUUGUGCCGGACUUUUAAAAAACAUUUUGGUGUCAUUUGCUUUCAUCUGAAAAAUGCUAGACAGGGCCUUUGUGAAAAUCUUGUAACUUAAGGCAUUGUACACAAAGUUAAGAGAAGUUGAAGGUCAUUGUCACCAUUCAAGUCAUUCACACACUAUUCAUUUAAGCUUCUGAAAUUUGAUUUUUUUAUUUUAUUUCAUAUUUUGUUCUAUGUGGGGGGUUGAUGAGAAAUUGAAAUGGUGACAGGUUUAAUGUUUAACAUGCCUAACAAAAGUUGCUGAAAGAUAACUUGUUUAAUUUGACCUACUAAAAUUAAGAUAAUUUGCUGCCAUGCACAUAUUAAAAUUGGGUUUUGCGGGCUUGCUUGUCAAAGAAUAUGAAGUACAUAUAAUUUUGCUCAUUGUUGAUUCAGUGUGUUCAGUUGAAAGGGUAUAAGGUUGUGUAUCUUCUGGGGUUUUUUUUCUGUUGAGUCUCAAAUCAAUACUGCUGAGCAUAUCCCAAUACAGUGCAAAUUCUGAAAGCUUAA